AUGGUCAGAAUGUUAGACAUUUUAGGCGAAUAUUUAGCAUUGCGUCGAUUUCCGUACCAACGACUCGACGGUUCCGUCAGAGGAGAGAUUCGAAAGCAGGCUUUGGAUCAUUUCAAUGCUGAGGGCUCUCCAGACUUUUGUUUCCUUUUGUCGACUCGCGCGGGAGGUCUUGGUAUCAAUUUGGCCACCGCUGACACUGUUGUCAUAUUUGAUUCCGAUUGGAAUCCACAGAACGAUCUGCAGGCACAGGCCAGGGCUCAUAGGAUUGGUCAGAAAAAUCAGGUCAAUAUCUAUCGAUUAGUGACUAAAGGCAGUGUCGAGGAGGACAUCAUUGAACGCGCGAAGAGAAAAAUGGUUUUGGAUCACCUCGUCAUCCAACGAAUGGACACAACCGGGAGGACUGUAUUAGCGAAAGAUAGUACGGAUACGCGUUCUUCCAAUUCUAAUCCCUUUAAUAAGGAAGAGUUGGCAGCGAUUCUCAAGUUUGGAGCCGAAGAACUGUUCAAAGAAGGAGAAGAUGGAGACGACGAACUCCAGUGUGAUAUCGAUGAGAUCAACUACAUUAUAAGAUUGCACAUAUUUUACAAGGAAAGAGAUAUUAACGAGAAUCCGUUUAAACAAAGAAUAUGUAAAGUGUUUUCACACGACGGGAGCGGAGACAUGACUUUUGAUGACUUUCUGGACAUGUUGUCGGUGUUCAGCGAACCCGCGCCCCGGGAUGUCAAGGCUUUCUAUGCCUUUAAAAUAUACGACUAUGACGACGACGGCAUUAUAUCAGUGCACGACUUGCAGCAAACGGUGACGUCUUUGACUCGCGGAGAAUUAAGUCACGAAGAGAUCGCUAUUAUCUGCGAGAAAGUGCUCGAAGAAGCGGACAAUGACGACGACCGGCGCGUCUCUUACAUGGAGUUCGAGCACGUCAUCACUCGAGCCCCAGAAUUCUUGAGGUAUUCCUCUCAAGACAAUGGUUAA